CUUCGAGAUCUGAAUUAGUUCUGGUUUGGUAUCACCUGAAGACCAUAUAGAUCGGUAUUAAAUUGAAACUAUCGAAAGUCUAAUUGCUAUAUAUUAUGGAACUUAUUAUAGAAUUAAUCAAUGUCGAUUGUAUAUUCAAUUACUGAAAUAUAUUGUUUUAUGAUGCUUAGAAGGAGAUGAAAUGGAUCUAGAAAUGGGUUCAGAUUCAGGCACAUGUACAAAUCCAUUUCUUCAAAGGUCUCCCUCUCCUUCCCCUUCGUUCCCUCCUCCUUCUCCUAGAACACCUGCAUUAGUGGUAUCCAAUUCCGGUAAGUUAUCAUAUUCAUCAUCAAAUAUUGGUAAAAUGGGUACUCCAAUGUACGGAUCUGGUUCAAGCAAGUCACUAGCAUACUCUAGCUCCACAAACACAUGGGGGUUUUCCAGUUCAGGAAAAUCACUUUCAGGGAAGUCAUUAACGAGUCAGAGUGGGAAGAAGAAGUAUGUGAAACAAGUGACAGGAAAACACAACGACACUGAGCUUCACUUAGCUGCAAAACGUGGCGACGUUAUGGCAGUGAAAGAGAUUCUUGAUGAAAUUAAUGAGCAAAUGUUGAGGACUACAACAGGUGCAGAGUUUGAUGCUGAGGUGGCUGAGAUCAGAGCUUCGGUUGUGAAUGAGGUGAAUGAGCUUGGAGAAACAGCUUUAUUUACAGCUGCAGAAAGAGGGUUUGUUGAAGUCGUGAAGGAGCUUUUGCCUUACACAACUAAAGAAGGACUUUCUUUGAAGAAUAGAUCCGGUUUUGAUCCUUUGCACAUUGCCUCUAGAGAGGGUCACCAAGAGAUUGUUCGGAUCCUUUUGGACCACGAUCCGGAUCUAAGCAAAACAGUGGGCCACUCGAAUUCAACCCCUCUUACAAGUGCAGCUGUAAGAGGCCAUUUAUCCAUAGUCAAUGAGUUGUUAUCGAGAGACUGUAGCUUGGUGAAUGUCACGAGAUCAAAUGGAAAAAAUGCAUUACAUUUAGCUGCACGACAAGGACACGUGGAGAUAGUGAGUGCUUUGCUUGCUAAAGAUCCACAUCUUGCAAGAAGAACAGAUAAGAAAGGUCAAACUGCUUUGCAUAUGGCUGUGAAAGGAGUUAGUUGUGAAGUCGUGAAAUUGCUUCUUCAGGCUGAUCCAACCAUUGUCAUGCUUCCGGAUAAGUUCAGUAACACAGCUUUGCAUGUAGCCACACGAAAGAAACGAGUCGAGAUAGUUAAUGAGCUAUUACUUCUACGUGACACAAACGUGAACGCCUUAACGCGAGAUCACAAAACAGCUCUCGACAUCGUAAGCGAUCUCCAUUUUUCAGAAGAAACCUCGGAAAUUAUCGAAACGUUAUCCCGUUACGGAGCUGUUAAAGCCAACGAUUUAAACCAGCCACGGGAUGAACUCCGGCAAACCGUCACAGAAAUCAGAAACAACGUCCACAAUCAGCUCGAACAAGCCCGGAAAACUAACCGGAACAUGAGCGGGAUAGCCAAAGAGCUUCGGAAACUCCACCGUGAAGGAAUCAACAACGCCACAAACUCCGUCACUGUAGUGGCGGUUCUGUUCGCGACGGUGGCAUUCGCCGCCAUUUUUACAGUCCCCGGUGGCGAUGCGGAUGAUGGGACGGCGGUGAUGGUACACAGCUCGUCUUUCAAGGUGUUUUUUAUUUUCAAUGCUAUUGCUUUGUUUACGUCGCUGGCGGUGGUGGUGGUGCAGAUUACGGUGGUGAGGGGGGAGAUUAAGUCGGAGAGACGGGUGGUUGAGGUGAUUAAUAAGUUGAUGUGGUUGGCGUCGGUUUGUACGACGGUGGCGUUUAUUUCGUCGUCGUAUAUAGUGGUGGGGAGACACCAUAGAUGGGCGGCGGUUUUUGUGACGGUGGUUGGGACGGUGACGAUGGCGGUGGUUCUUGGUGGGAUGACUUAUUAUGUGUUGAAAUCGAAGAAACAACGGAGACAUAGGCGGAAGUCAAAAGUAAGCUCAAGCUGUGGGUCGUGCAGGAAUUGGGAUUUAUCUGAUGCAGAAGUACACCCUAUUUAUGCUAUUUAA